AUGGCUGCCUGUAUCGAUGGCAGUAUGGAAAUGGUGGAAUUUCUUCUGUCUUGGGGUGCCAAUGUUAACCAGGUGGACAGUGAGGGUUGGACUCCUCUUCAUGUGGCUGCAUCAUGUGGAAACCUGGAGAUAACAGAAUUUCUGCUCAGGCAUGGUGCAUCUCUCUGCUCGGUGAACUGUGAUGGUGAUGUGCCAAUGGAUAUUGCAGAGGAUGAGGCCACAGAGACACUGCUGCAAGAACACACAUUGACACCGGAUGUGGAAGCAGCUAAGCGGGCAGAAGAGGAGUGGAUCAUGCGUGAUGCCCGCCACUGGCUCACAAACGGGCUGCCUGCUAAUCUUUGCCACCCCCGGACUGGUGCUACUCCGUUACAUGUAGCAGCAGCUAAAGGAUAUUUGGAGGCCAUUAAAUUGUUGUGUCAGUGUGGUCUGGAUGUGAGUGCUAAAGACUAUGAUGGCUGGACUCCUCUCCAUGCUGCUUCUCAUUGGGGUCAAAGUGAAGCCUGCCGUCUUCUCGCUGAGCAACUGUGUGACAUGGAGGCCCAUAGUAAUGGGGGUCAGACUCCAUUUGAUGUGGCGGAUGAGAGUGUUGCGUCUUUACUGGAAGAACUGUCUCAAAGACAGGCUAAUUGGAGGACUGAACAGGCACUUAUUGAGCAACAAAAUUCACAGAUUUCAAAUGCCAACACUGCAAACAAGAAACGCAGGAGCUCUGUGUGCCGAAUGAGCAGCAGGGACAAAAUAAAUGUACAGGACCAGUCUAAGGAACGAGGGGUCUCAGGAGGCCUGGGACUCAACGAUGAGAGAGAAAGCAGCCCAGAAAGUUCAACAGUGUCGACACCAGAGAGCAUUGUUCCCUCUUCAGGGACCAUUGAGGAUAAAGAAGUCAAGGUGAAUGAUCAGGACAGAGCGAGUCGCACAGCAGUUGUGCAGCCCACCCCUCAGAGGCGAGAGUCACCUGCUGAGAGCCCUAGUAACGCCUCUAGUGAUGGAAAGAAGUUUCAGGCUCCAGUGAGAGAUGAGGAGUCAGAGUUUCAGAGGAAAGCUCGCUCGCGUCUCAUGCGGCAGUCACGACGAUCAACACAGGGAGUAACAUUGACAGAUCUUAAGGAAGCAGAACGGAUUAUUGUUAAGAGCAAUGAACCUCAGCACCUCAGUGUUCAGCCUGUGAGCCCCAACAUCACACUAACACCAGCUGAGAGAGAUAUUGAGAGUUUUCUCUCUGCACUAGACACAGAGCCAGUGAAGGAAUUGGGAGAUGCAGAGACGACACUAGGAGUGAGAGAUCGCAGGAAAGGGAGGAAAGAGAGACGCUCAACUGGUAUCGUUCAGCUGGCUGGAGAGAUGGAUGAUAUGGAUGCAAAUGAAGAUGCUGAACAAGACAACAGAACAAGUGAUCCUCAGUUAGACUAUUCCAGACACUCUUCUCUGGAUUAUAGAAAGUUGUAUCUGCAGGUGUUGCAAGAGAAUGGAGAUCUAAAAGAGAAGCUUCAAGAAACUCAACUGCAGUUAAAUGAGAGUAAAGUUCAGCUGGAGAAACUCAAACAGAAUCAAGAGAAUGGAUCAGACAGACCAGCCCUGCUGGAGCUGGAGAGAUUUGAAAAGAAACUUCUUCAGCGGAGAGCAUCUGAGAUAGAAGAUGAACUCAAAGUGCUUGUGGAUUUGCGUGCUGACAACCAGAGACUGAAAGAUGAAAAUGCAGCUCUCAUUCGUGUCAUUAGUAAGCUGUCUAAAUGAAUCUCUAGGUUCUUUGGAUUUUUUUUUCCUGAAUUCAUUGGGAAAGUUGCUGUCCCAUUGUCUGCCCAAAGAACUGCACAGCAUGUUUCUUUCCCUCUCUCAUCUCUGGGACAUAUGCCCCAUGCCUGGGGUGGUUAAACUACUGUUCUUUAAAUGGAUAUGUACAUAUGUAAGGCCUUGUUUAGCUGCCACUCUAGACUCAUCAAAACUGGAAUUUUCAAUGACACAACUCAAGUCCAUCUGCUGUUCAGCUGCUCUAGAUUAUGGUGUUCAGCUCUGAUUCAGGGUGCUCUUGUAACAUUUGUAAUGUUAUUGAUUUCUUUUGCGCAGUGUGCUUACUGCUUUUUUAUUAAUAGCACAGAUAAGGCUUAUCGCUUUAAUGUUCCUUCAAAUUCUGCAGACUAGCCAGUGCACUUAGUUAAUGCCCUUAUUGUGCCCUACACUGCGCUGAACUGAUGAGAAUUUUGAGUAAUUUGAAGUUUCAGUUCAGGUUUACUGUUCAGUUUCACAGACAGCUGCCAUUGCAAUCUUUGCCUUUCAGCAGGUACCUCUAGAAACCUGCAAAAAUAGAUAAAUUAAGAUUUUAUGAUAUACAGAAUAUAGAAUAUUGUUCAUUAAUAACAAACAUGAUUUAUUACAGAUCAUAGAUCUACAAUGUUAACAGAACAGGGUUAAUGUACGUUGAAAUAGAAAUGAAGUUGUAAUAUAUUUUCAUAUACAUGUACAUAAACCACUGAUCUGUUAAGAAGUAUCUAAUAUUUGUUAAAGGCUUAUUACUGAAAUUGCAGUGUUACCAGACUUAAAUGUUUAAACUGUGCUUUUUAAUGCCAUGGCAAUGUCAGCUGGGCAAUGCCAUCAUCAUUUUAGCUUAAAAAAAUCAUUUUAAUAUUUCUUGAAAUGGUAAGCAAAA